AUGGCGAUAACGGGUGCCAAGGAAGCGGAAUCUCCCUGCAACUUGGACGACGUUCGACAAUAUGUCUCCGCGUUGAACUACCCGUUGGAAAAGGUGAGUGAUAUGACAGAGGAGAUGCGGGCGGAGUGCAAGGAAAUUGUUGUGAACGCGAUUGAAAAGCACGAAGACAGCUAUGAGCAUGCAGCUAAGCACAUCAAGGAGCAGAUGGACAAGAAGUACGGUGCAUCUUGGCAUUGCGUGAUUGGAGAGGGCUUUGGUUUUGAAAUCACGUAUGAGAUGAAGCACCUCAUGUACAUGUUUCACAGGGGCUAUUUGGCGAUUGUUGUCUUCAAGGGACUCUAG